AUGAGUUCCAACUCGGCUUCUGACACUCCGGAAACCAAAACCUACGGUGGUUGUGAAGGCCCAGAUGCGACAUACGUGAAGUUGGUCAGCAGCGAUGGACAUCAGUUUUUCAUCAAGAAAACGCUUGCAUCAAUUUCUGGAACCAUCAAGGCCAUGUUGAGCGGAUUUGGACAAUAUUCGGAGAAUGAAAGCAAUGUAGUGAACUUUCGCGAGAUUCCAUCACACGUGCUGCAGAAAGUCUGCCAGUACUUCUCGUACAAGGAUCGCUACACUAGUUCGGUAACAGAGAUUCCGGAAUUCAACAUCACUCCCGAGGUGGCGCUUGAGCUGCUCAUGGCUGCUAAUUUUCUCGACUGCUAG